CAGAGGUGAAGCACUGUGCUAGAAUCCAUUUCAUGACCUUCAACAAGUCGAUGAGAUGUCACCAUUAAUGUUUAAAGAUGCUUUUUGGGGAAGCGACUUCAUUAACCAUACCGGCUAUGAAGUCAUUAUCCAUAGGCUCAAGGAUGGAAAGCAAAUGUGCAAAGAUGUAGAGGAACUUUUUAAAAUGAGGGCGUUGGCAGAGGAGAAGUAUGGGAAAGAACUGAUGACCAUCUCAAGAAAAGCUGGAGGUCUCACAGAGAUUGGAACUCUCAGAGCAUCCAUGGAAAAGCUUAAAGCGCAAAUUGAGAACAUUGGGAGCUUUCACAUUCAGCUUUCUGAAAUUUUGAAAGAGGAGGUGAAAAAGAUUGAGACAUUCCGAGAACGUCAGAAAGAACAGAGGAAAAAGUUUGAAAGCAUCAUGGAGAAAGUUCAUAAGAAAAAGGCUUCUUUAUUCCGAAAGACAAUGGAGUCCAAAAAGUGCUAUGAACUGAGAUGCAAAGAAGCUGACGAGGCAGAACAAACUGCUGAACGAACUAUAAGUGCAGGGAAAAAUGCAGAUAAGGUUUGCCACAAAGCAAAGAACUUAAGAGCGGCGGCCAAUGAUGCUGAGAAGGUUUAUUUGACCAGCGUUAGGCAUUUAGAGUCAAUUCGGCAGGACUGGGAGGAAACACACAGAAGCACAUGUGAGGUGUUUCAGCAACUGGAGGGAGACCGCAUCACCACACUCAGGUGUGCUUUAUGGGACCACUGCAAUCACUUUUCUGCAGAGUGUGUUAAAGACGAUGACUUGUAUGAGGAGGUCAGAAAGUGCCUUGAGGAGUGUGACAUCACUAAAGAUUUAAACACCUUCAUAGAGAUGAACAAUACAGGCUGGGUGCCGCCUGGACCAGUGGUCUUUGAAAGCUACUACCAAACAGACACUGACAGUGGUAGAAACGGAAAUGCACAUUUUGAUGCAGGAGAAAACUAUAAUACACCACAUAAUACACCUGCUACAAGUUGGAGCUUUAACCCGCAGCUUGACACAACCGCAUCGAGUAACGAGGAAAGUGCUCGAAACUCGCGUAUAACAUUGACAUCAAGUGGUGAAAUUGACAUUUUAGAAUGUGGUGGUUAUGCCCCUUUACCGCUAUUUGAACAAAACACAUCUACAGCAAUUGAAUCUGCAGAUACAGACAGGUGGAUUGUCCUUUAUACAUAUAUUGCACAGGAAGCAGAUGAGAUGUCCAUCAGUAGAGGAGACGUGGUCCAGGUGUUGGAGCGAGGGGAGGAUGGCUGGUGGACAGUGGACAGGGAUGGACAGCGUGGACUGGUACCAGGGAACUAUCUUGACAAAAAGUAAACUAGACAUAAUAAAUGAUAAUCCAGUCUGUUUGAUUUU